ACCAUGCGAAGCGUCUUAACCGAGGGCCGGGUAUCGAGGUUUUCAUGGAAAAAGAGUCACGAGGGUGCUCGAGGAUCUUGGGGCCGGGCGGGGCUGGGCUGCGGUGGAGUAGCGUUGAUGAUGCAAGAAGAUGGGGGCGGUCAGGGGGGGCCGAACAAGAGCAUGCGCUCGUCAUCGGAUUCUUCGGGAGACCUGCGCUUUGAUUCCUGCCUCCAGGAAGCGAUAGUGGCUGUCGCUCUCUCACAUUCCUGGACCGGCCAAUAAUCUGCCCAAUGGCGGUCACGAGAGUCGCUUUUGAAUAAGAAACUAUUAUUUUCGGCUCCGAUGCUGACGGGGUUAGGAGGGAACUACAUGCGCGCAUCUGACUGUGAGAUAGAGAGGAAGGAACGGGAUUUGAGAAAUUGCUGUGAUUAUUAAAUAUCUGCUCCUGUACUGUUUGUUGCGAUAAGCGUUCCCAGUGUUGGUGUUACCGUGUUUUUGGGAUACAGGAAGUGAGGAAGGGCGGAGAGGGGAGCGACACUGAAGGAGAGGAGAGGGAAGAAGCAUUUCGAGUUCUCAGGGCGUGCUCGUUACUGAUGGGAGUUUAUGGAGUUGAGGAGUCUCUCAUACACUCUCGACCGAUUUUCGUCUAAUAGUAGUAAAUGACCAGCUGAGCGGUGCGCGAUUGUGCUUCUGGUAGCGGGGGAGUUUUGGGCUCACUGGAAAGUUUUUUUUUUAUCCCAGGCCAUUUCCGUUUAGUCCUGCUGCUGCUGAGAAUAUUGUUGGUUAGGUUGACACCAUGGCAAGUUUUAGGGAGUUUAGCAGGACAGAGAGCUGGGGAUCAGAAGCUUGGAAGGCAUUAUGCAAAGUGAGGGAAACUACGCCCCUAGUCCAGUGUAUUACCAAUUUUGUAUCGAUGGAUAUCAUGGCCAAUUCCCUGCUUGCCGCCGGAGCUUCUCCUGCAAUGGUGCAUGCCAUCGAAGAGAUCUUGGAGUUCACUUCAUUGUCUUCUGCGUUAUGUAUAAAUAUUGGGACGUUGUCACCCGACUGGAUUUUUUCUAUGAAAGCAGCUGCUAUUAGGGCAAAUGAAUGUCAGAAGCCCUGGGUGCUCGAUCCUGUUGGUGUCGGGGCAACCAGAUUCCGAACCGAGAAAUGCAUUGAGUUGAUCAACUUGAAACCUUGUGUAAUUCGCGGGAAUGCGUCAGAGAUCAUGGCAGUUGUCGGUGCUAGCAUUGCUCCUACGAAGGGAGUCGAUAGCUCACGCUCUUCCACAGAUGCCCUCGAAGCUGCCAAGGAUCUGGCACGCGUGGCCCAGACAGUUGUAGCUGUUUCAGGAGCUGUUGAUCUGGUGACAGAUGGGAAGAGAGUACUUGGUGUAAGCAACGGUGUUGCUCUGAUGCAACGGAUUACUGCUACUGGUUGUGCUGUCACUGCACUCAUAGCAGCCUUUGUUUCUGUCAACCCGAAUCGGGUUUUGGAGUCCACUGCCAUUGCCCUAGCUUUGUUUGGACUAGCUGGAGAACUUGGAGCGGAGAAGGCAAAUGGACCUGCUUCGUUGAGGAUGCAUUUGAUCGAUGCACUGCAUAUGUUGGAUGAGCAGUCAGUAAUGAACAGGGUGCGCAUUGCUCAGCUAUAGUGAAUCUAUCAUUGGGUUUUCAAGUUUUGUAACCAAUUUUGCAGAGUCUGCUUCCGGGCAAAGCUGACCAUCUUUUCUUCAAGAACGUUAUGCCCUUGAGAUUUGAUACACUCUUAAACGAUGUAUUGCGACAUACAUGUGGGACUUGUGAGAACAGGCAACAAAGGCAGAAAAGAUCAUGGCUGUUAAAAUUUCAAGAGAACAAAGGUGAGGGUGUCAGGUCAAGCACUCUUGACAAGCCCACUUUACACUAAGGGGUUCCACAUACUUGUUGCUGAGAGUUUCACACCCACUCAAGCACAAGAUAUCUUUAGUGCAACAUAAAUUAUCUGAGUGUUCAUACCUUGACUUUUCGGAAAUAGUCUUGUAAUGUAAGUAAAUACUGUAGCUAACUUGGUGACAUGCUUUGUAGGAGGCAAUCAUACAAACUUGUCCAUGGUCUUCAUUUGUGUUGGAUAUUCUUGUUACGAUUGGAUUUUUUGAAUAACUUCAUUUAACCUUGCUUCGUUUGAUCGGAGCU